UAUAAAGUUAAUUUUAUUUAGUUUAAAAAAAUAGUUUACUCCACAGUAUAAGAAAUUUAAAAACUACUUUACAUUGUAAUAAGAUCAAUCCGAAAACAUAUUCAACAAGUUGAAGGAUAAAGUUUACAUGAAUGAAGGACAAAAGUUUAAAACUUGAUCAUGCUUUUACGCUUUAUGAGCUUGAUGAGAAGUUAUUGCAAUUAGUUCCUGGUUUAAAGAAAGCAAGAGAGAAGCCUCCUGUUCAUAAUCCUUUCAUUUCAGAGCUUAAGCUAUCAACAUUUGAUAAAAUUAAGAUGGCUUUUUUAAUAAUCUUGGUGCCAAUACGUCUUAUUUUGUUAGGUUUUACUCUUCUUGCUGCAGGAGUAGUUGCAAAAGUAUCAUUGAUUGGAUUUAAAGAAUCAAAUCCGCCUGUGCCUAUGCACAAAUUUCGAAGAUUUGGUCAAUUUAUUGUAUGGAUUUUAGCUCGUAUGGCAUCAAUAUGUUGUGGUUUUCAUUAUGUCCCUGUGAAAGGCAAACUUGCUGCUGCAAAAGAUGCUCCGAUAGUUGUUGUUGCACCUCACACAUCAUUUGUAGAUUCUUUAAGCUUUUUACCGUUUGGUUAUUUAUCAGCAGUAUCAGCAAGUGAAAAUUUAAAAGUUCCAGUAAUGGGAAACUAUAUUAGGCUGCUUCAACCUAUUGUUGUAUCUCGAGCUGACAGAGAUUCAAAGGUUUUUGUUGCCAAUGAAAUUAAAAGGCGUUCAGCUGCUGGCAUUUGGCCUCCAAUAGUCAUAUUUCCCGAAGGCACUACAACGAACCAUCAAUGCUUUAUAACAUUUAAACCAGGUGCAUUUUAUCCUGGUUUACCUGUGCAACCUGUUUUACUUCGCUAUCCUGAUCGAAUGGAUUAUGCAUCAUGGACUUGGAUUGGUCCUGGAGCAUUAUAUCUGCUUGUUGUCAUGAUGUCACGUUUGCAUAACCGCCAAUCAGUAGAAGUUCUUCCAGUUUACACACCAAAUGAAAAGGAAAAAAAAGAUCCUUUUUUGUAUGCAAAGAAUGUCAGAGAAUACAUGGCAAAAUUAGCGGAACUUCCUGUUUCUGAUCAUUCUUAUGAAGAUUGUCGAUUGAUGAUGGAAGCCCAAAAACUUGGCUUACCGAUGGAAGCUGGCAUUGUUGAAUAUUAUAAGCUUAGUAAUUUACUAAACAUAAACUGUGAGCACAUGAUUGAAUAUUUACACAAAUUUGCAAUAAUUGACAAGAAUCAUGAUGGUUACAUAGACUUUACUGAGUUUUCUAAUUACCUUCAUUUGCCACAUAAUGAUGAAGUCAAAGCAAUGUUCCAUAUUUUGUGUAUUGAUAAAAAUCAUGUCAUCAGUUUCCGUGAAUAUUUGGUUGGAACAUUCUUGAUACUAAAACCAUUGAAUACAGAGGAAAAAAUAAAGCGUGCUUUCUUGAUGCUUGAUGAAGAUGAUGAUGGAUUUUUAACAUAUGCUAGUUUAUCUAGUUUUCUCAGAAAUUCUAUGCAGCUAGGUGAUUCAUUUAUUGGAAAAAUAUUCAAAGAUAUGAAUCCUUCAAAUGCAGAUUAUAUCGAUUUCAAUAACUUUGCCGAGUUUUGUUCUGCAAAACCCGAAUACGGAAUUCUUUUUAUGCACUUUCAAAAGUUAAAAGAAGAUUCCCUGUUAAUUGACAAUAAAGCAGAAAAUACUCAAGAUCGAAAAUCAAUGUCGCCAAAAUUUGCUUAUAAUACUAGAAAAUAAUAUAUCGUGAAAAAUAUUUAAUGUUACUGUGCUUUUUUUAAUUUAAUUUGAGAUUUUGAAUUAUUUGUUUACUAAUUAUUUAAAUUAAUUUAUUGUUUUUAUCAUCCAUGAGACUAGUCUUAAGCAUAAUUAUGACAAGAAAACAUAACAGCUCCAAAGUUUAACAUAAAAGUUUUUUAUUUUUGCUCUUAAAUUGAAGCAAAUUCUUUGUACAAGAUAUUUAAAAUUUUAAGUAUUUUAUUUUUUAUGGGUAUUAAAUGCAUUUUUACUGAUCGAUUAUUUAUUGAAUAUAUAUAUAUAUAUAUACUAAUCACAAACAUUGUUAAAGUUCAAGAUAAAAAUUUAAGACUUUUCAUUAAGGUUU